AUGGAGUCAUAUGAGAAAAACAUGGCAUUAAUCAACUCCAAUUCUCAAAACCCUAACCCUAUAAUGCAAGAUCAAAAUCAAAUAAUUUUCAAUGAUAAUUAUGUUUUUCCAGUGGGUUAUCGUUUUUGUCCACAUGAUGACGAACUUAUCGUUCAUUACCUCCUGAAAAGAAUCAGGAAUGAAGUUUUACCCCAUGAUAAGAUCAAGGACGUUAAUCUUUAUAAGUAUAGUCCUUAUGAUCUUGCAGGGAUUUAUCCUGAGCUGGGAGAAAAAGAAUGGUAUUUCUUCACUCCAAGGGAUAGGAAAUAUCCUAACGGUCAUAGGCCAAAUCGUGCUGCGGGAAGAGGCUAUUGGAAGGCUACUGGAGCUGAUAAACAUAUACAACAUAAUAAUGUUGAAGUUGGAUUUCGAAAGGCUUUGGUUUUCUAUGAAGGUAAACCUCCCAAAGGAAUUAAAACGAAUUGGAUUAUGCACGAAUAUAGGGUGGAUGAGUCGCGCAGAAUCAAAAUGCAUGCAUCUGAUAUGAAGCUCGACGAUUGGGUUCUAUGUAUGAUUUACAAGAGAUCUACCAAGUCCAAAGGUAAUAAGAAGAAGGAGCAUGAGCAAGAAGAUGACAAGCACGAGUUAGAAGAUGCUAACAAAAUCAAUUAUCUGCAGAAUUAUGGAGAGACUAUGGAUUCAUGUGUAGAAUUUGCUAUACGACAGUUCGAGAUGCCUUAUCAGUACCUUCCAUCAUCAUUUGGAAACAUGUCUACAGGUUACAACAACACUUUCCCAAAUGUCGAUUUCAACAAUUUGUACCAGGAUCCUCUCAACAAUUUGUACCAGGAUCCUUAUUACAACAUAGGUACGAUUGAAUCUCAGAAUAACAUAGAUUCGACUGAAUCUCAAAAUGGUCAUGAUGAUGAUUCUCUUGAUGAGAGCACAGAUCAAUAA